AUGAUUGUGGACCUGCUGCGAAACGACCUGGGCCGCGUGUGCGCCCCCGGCAGCGUGCACGUGCCGGGCCUGAUGCAGAUCGAGAGCUACGCCACGGUACACCAAAUGGUGAGCACGGUGCGCGGCCUGCGCCGCCCCGGGGCGGGCGUGGUGGACUGCCUGCGCGCCGCCUUCCCGGGGGGCAGCAUGACGGGCGCGCCCAAGAUCCGCACCAUGGAGAUCAUCGAUGGGCUGGAGCAGGGGCCGCGUGGGGUCUACUCGGGCAGCCUGGGCUACAUCUCUCUGAACGACACAUUCGACCUGAACAUCGUCAUCCGCACAGCGGUGCUCGCGCCUGGCAGCGGCCCAGGCGGCGCCGCGGGCGGCGGCGCAGAGGUCAGCAUCGGAGCAGGCGGUGCCAUUGUGGUACAGUCGGACCCCGAGGGCGAGUACGAGGAGAUGCGGCUCAAGGCGCGGGCGCUGCUGCGCGCCAUCGGCGAGUGCGACGGCGGGGGCGGCCCGGCGGCGGUGGAGGAGGGAUGA